CAGAUCACAGAACAGAAGAUAAGUAUGAAGUUUAACAUCGCUUUGAGUGUUGCCGGAACCAUACUUCUCUUCAUAGCAGGUUCCCUCUGCCAGUUAAAUGUAUGUGGUCAAACCCCCCUCAACACAAGGAUUAUUGGAGGGGAGGAUGCACAGGCAGGGGCUUGGCCAUGGCAAGUCAGCAUUCAUGUCAAUAUCAGUUUAGGUUCUUACCAUUCCUGUGGUGGGUCUCUAAUCAAUAAAGACUGGGUUUUAUCUGCUGCUCACUGCUUCAAGAGGAAUGACCCUUCUAACAUUGUGAUGUACUUUGGGCGUAGGAGCCAAUCUGGUCCAAAUCCCAAUGAGAUAUUCAGGAAAGCGAGUCAAAUUAUCAAACAUCCUAACUACGACAGUACUAAAUUUGACUUUGACAUAGCGCUCGUCCAGCUCUCCUCCUCUGUGGAUUUCACAAAUUAUGUAAGGCCAGUCUGUCUGGCAGCUGCUGGUAGUGUGUUUGCUGGAGGUACAGAGACCUGGGUCACUGGAUUUGGUACACUGCAGAGUGGAGGUACACCUGCUGACACACUGCAGGAGGUGAUGAUACCAAUUGUGAACCACACUGACUGUAAUGAGUCUUAUAAUGGCUCUAUCACAAGCAAUAUGAUUUGUGCUGGAUUGCUAAAUGUGGGAGGGAAAAGUGCAUGUCAUGGAGACUCUGGAGGUCCAGCUGUCAAUACGAACGGUUCCCGGUGGAUUCAGUCUGGUAUUGUGAAUUUUGGUUCAGAACGAUGUGAUGACCCUAAAUAUCCCAAUGUGUUCGCCAGAGUGUCUCAGUUCCAGGAUUGGAUCAAGUCCUUUACGGUCAAAAACCCACCUGGAUUUGUUAAAUUCCCCUCCAAUGUAUUGAGCAGUUCAGCCAGUCCCCUUUUAUUAUCAGUUUCUCUCGCAUUCUCUAUCAUUCCUUUGACAAUCUCCUUAUGUCAUUCUUCAUAA